ACUUUAAUUUGUGUCUCUGUUUAAGAAGGAAAGGAAAGUUGUGACCAAAACCAAAUCUCAAUAGGAAUGGGAAGUGAAACCCUAAUACCUUAUUUCUUAUAGUAGAUCUAGUAAAGCAAUGGAAGAAUGGUGUACGACACCACCAAGAAAAGCAAAACCUAGAAAAUUGCUUGAGAUUGCAGAAACAGUUCAUGGCGAGGAUAGAAUGUCAGAGUUACCGGUGCAUAUCAUUCAUCACAUCGUAUGCAACACUAGCCUUAAUCUGGACGAGGCGGCUCGAACUUGUGUCUUAUCCAAGAGAUGGUACUAUUGUUGGAUUUCGAGACCUCAUCUUGAAUUCAGUCAAUUAUCAGGCAACGUUCAUAUGACUCUGGAAAAGUUUGUCACCUUGGUAGAUGAAUCCUUACAAUUCCACGUUGAACAAAAAAUACGUCUUGAAGAAUUCAUCCUUACAUAUCAUGAUCCAAAUUUAGCUUCUCCUACGGAUGGUUGGAUUGAAUUGGUGGUUAAACAUAACGUCAAGGUGCUGGGGAUUCACGUUUCAGGUUCAGAAUCACCGUACUAUAUUUUACCUGAUGUUAUUUAUGCUGCUAAAGAGCUAGCAAAAUUGGGACUAAGCAGGUGCAAGUUUGAAUUUGAUAUUAGCAACACUAACAUAAGAUUCUGUUGUCUUAAGGAUCUUUUUCUGUAUAAUGUCCAUAUUUCAGAUGGACAAUUGCAAAGAGUAAUCGAUACAUGCCCGUUUAUCAGGAAUCUAACCAUAUUGGAUUGCGAUGGUAUAAGCAAAUUGCAUGCUUUUGGCCUCGUACAUCUGGAGAUUUUGGCUGUUGCAUCGUGCAAACUCGAAAGUGUGAUAGUCCAGGCUCCAAAUCUUCGAGACUAUGGAUAUGCAGGGGUGCAUUCAAUCGACGACAUUUUUCUUCCUUGCAAAAUUGCAAUUUUGGAUGCUUACAAUACUUUACAAAUACUCACACUCACUGGCGCAAGCAUCACAGACCAACAGUUUGAUGAUGUAUUCUCUAAGUUCGCCAACAUUUCAGAAUUGUCUCUAAUAAAAUGCUAUAUGCUGAAAAAUCUAAAAAUUGUGAGUGGAAAACUCAAGAAAUUCACUUUAACACAAUGGAGGAAUCUGAAAAAAGCUACAAUUCAGGCUCCAAAUUUAUUAGAAUUCUAUUUUGAUGGCGAUAAAAUGCCCUUCUCAUCUAUGAAUCCUUCUUCCCUCGAAAGAGCCAGGCUAGAUUUUGUCUUGCCUGACACAGUAAUAUCAAAUUUUGGAGAUGUGGACAGGAGUUGGUACACAAACCUUCAUCUCUUUGUUCAAAAGUUCAACUAUUCUAAAGGUUUGAUAUUUGCAAUAUCUUGCCACAAGAUUAAAAGCAUCCUUAUAUAUGAAAUCCAAGAGAAAUUGUUAUUCCCCCGAGUCAUGAUGUCAAGAUAAACAUUAUACCUAUGCUGCAAAUUGAAUCACUCGUAUAUCAUUUGAUGUUCAUCCGUCCCAAGAUCAUGUCCAUACUUCCAUGCGCAAAUAGCAAAGUACUCCAGGGUGUCUACUGAAGGAAAAUUCUGGUAAAAAAUGUGCAUUCAAUACCGAGCUUUUCAACUGGUAUCAUGAAUUAAAAGAAGUAAUCAAUCUUACUGAGGCAAUUGAGGAGGAAAUGGGCACCAUUUGGUAUUCCUGGUUGAAAUCCACAUCUCUGAUUGACCAAGUGACUAAUUUCAUGUUCAAAUGGGAAGAGUAGAGGUGAAUUCAGCAUUUAGAGUUCAACCUGAAAGCGAACAACCUUUAUAUCCAUAACAUUAUCAUGGAAGAUCCAUAUAUAGCCCAAACAAGAUCAUAGCACUAGGUCCGUGGAAAAGUUUGUCAAUUUGGUGAAUCGAUCCCUACAACACCAUGUCCAACAAAACUUACGUCUUGAAGAAUUCAUCCUUACAUAUGAUGAUCCAAAAUUGGCUUCUCGUAUGGAUCGUUGGAUUGAUUUGGCAGUUAAGCUUAAUGUCAAAGUGAUGAAAAUUCAAACUUUGCUAUAAAAGUUUGGUUUUUAUAGUGAAUGACUAUUAUAUAAGGAUGUUGUUAUAAAAAAGUGUGACUGUAUGAGUUAAAUCCAAGAAGUAAACAUGCAAAAGCCAUUUGCUUUCUUGUUUUUUUUUGGGUUUAAAAGAAUACUUCUAUUAGUUAAAGAUGCAUUAGAGGGAGUUGUAUUAGUGUAGCAGAAUUACAAACAAACGGAACUUGACUACUAUUAGUACUAUGUAUCCUAGUUAGUUGACUAAUACAGUUGGCCCGACUAGACGAAGCAGUAUCGAACGGUACACAAAAGGAUUUGGAGUUAGCUUGCACUGGAAAGUGACUACUACUAUGUCUGCUUCUUAGAUAUCACAGCUUGUACGUUUGCCAUACAAAAGUAGUCAGCUUCUACGUUUGCCAUAACAAAAGUAGUGGUUGCGCCAAAAAGGUGAUAUUACUUCCCAUUAGUUCCAUUCCAAAAUGAGCUAGCUGGUCUGUUACUGUGUUUUGCUCCCUAUAAGCAUGUGUCACUGGUGGAUCACUGAGCUGGUGGAUCAGGUAUCUGCAAUCAUUAAGCACAUGUGAGUAAAUGAUAGAGGGGCUAUGUAGCAUGGUAACUACUUCCGCAACGUUCAUAUUGAUUUUCAGCGGUGUAAGCUUAUGAACUAAAGCUAGUUGUAAUCCUUGCAACAAGGCCAUUGUUUCAAUGUGGACAAUCGAAGUUGCUUCUAUGUUCCCCGCAUAUCCCAUUACCCAGUUCCCUUGUAAUCCCUUAUAACUCCACCAAAACCUGUGAGUGGGUUAGACAAUCG